UCAGGAAACCGACGCCAUCUAACGACUGGCAUUCCUGUUUUUUUCGUGCGGGUAAAACCACGGCUUUCUGGAGCGCGGAACCCCUUUCACGGUUUUGUUUGUAACAUCCAGUGUUUUAAGUGCAUUUCGUUGUGAUCCUUGCGAUGCCGUGCAUACGGUGAAUGAGAUGAUAUACGCGGGAGAGCGUUCACGCGCGAGAGAAAUGUGUGGGAAGAUGAGUUAACCGUGUGUUAAAGCGCGCAGCGGUCAACCUUCCGACAAGUUUAGUACGGGAAUCUAUCCAUAUUCAGGACUUGAUUGCACCGAGCUUUAGUAGAAGGGUCAAGUAGUGGAGAAUGAGUGCAUCUGCUGUAAAGUCAUCUAUAUCUGGAGUAGGGACAUCUCCCACUUCGACUACUCACUCCAUGCUUCCAAUGAAUGCUAUGGCUCAAAAAGUAGUUCCUGGAACUGAAUCAGGAUCUAUGAAACCUUUAACAGGAACAGGAUUAAGCUAUGUUACGUUGCAACCACCCAGUCAACCUCUCAGUUUGGUACAAGAUCACAGACCAUCAGUUUACCAAACACCACCUUAUAUAAGUAACAAUUCUGAAAAGGAGUCAGAAUCGGAUAAGCUUAUACCAAACGGUGUAGAAACUAUAAAGGUAGAAACAGAGCAAAGUGUACCUGCUCCUGUAAAACCUAGUGAACCAAAUAGAAAUAACAACUUGAGUCCUGAAAAUCCGACCCAAGAUGAACAACGAGAAACUCCAGUAGAACCAGAAACGAUCCCUCAUGCCUUAGAAUUUUCAGCGAUGUGUCCCCAAGGACAAAACAAAGUUGAAGAAAAGAAAACUACUGUAAAUAAUGGCUCUAAAGAAGCUGAAGGUGUGCCAGUUAAUGCUUCUCUACAAACAAAGUUAACGACGCAUAAAACUGAAGAUGCUCAAGUAAAACCCGAAGUUCAAAAAAACAAACCAACGAAUCAGAGUGCAAAAUUGAGUGGAGAUAGUCCACCCGUACAACCAUCAAAUAAUUCUUCAAAACCCGAAACGAAAGUUACAGCUUCACCAAAAGCUAAUAAACGAAAAUCUAGAGAAUUGAAAGAUUUGAAAGGAGUAUCUGCGACUCCAGAUGGGGCAAGUAAACCUAAGAGAAAUCGUGUACAAACACAACCUUAUCAGAGUCCUUUGCCAGAAAUCGCGUUGCUUGUCAAAAGUUUAAACAAGUCUCCUGCGACAAAAGCUGCGGAUGACAAGCUAAUAGUAUUCUACAAAAAUGAAUUCCUGGCUGUGAGAAAUGCAGAAGGAAGUUUUUACGUUUGUCAAGCGAUGCAAAAUAUUUAUAAAUCGAGCAGGCGUAUUCGCAUACGUUGGUUAUCGCAAGAUAAAAAUAACGGUGAAAUUUAUUCUCCAGAUUUUUACGACUUUAUAGAUUUCGAUUGUAUAUUAACGAACCUAAAUCUGAAUAAAAUUGAUAAAAAUAAAUUUCAAUUAACGAAGAUAGAAUUAUUACGUACAGAAAAUAUAUUAAAACGAGCGAUCGAUGUAGAGGCCGGAGUAUCUGAAAAGCCUAGAGUUACGGAAGAACAUCCAGAUGGACUCGAUUUGUCUCUUUACAAAGAUGAAUCGCAAUUAAAGAGAAGAAGAGGAGGUCACGGCCCAUACAAGCAGAAACAAGGCCAACGAAAGAAAUCGAAACGUUCGGCAAGUUCCUCCGAAGACGAAGGAUCCGAGGACGAAUCAAAGGAUGAAAAGAAGUCAUCGAAAACGGGACGUUCUAAAAAGGGAUCGGUAAACAAAGCGUUAGCGAUCGCAAAAUCGGUUGCAAAAGGUUCGAGCAGAGCGGAAAGGGCAUUAAAUAGAAGCACAAAAUCAGGGAACAGUACGGGUAGCGAGUCCACCGGUGGCACUGCUGCUGCCACUGCUACUGCCACUGCUACUGCAGCAGCAGUACCCGUGAAUAACGCCGCUACGCCGACGACUCCCAUUGAUUCAGCUAAAAAUAAUGGUGCUGAGCCUAAAAAGAUCGAUGCGAAAAAAACGACGACGAAGCAGCAGCAGCAACAACAACAGCAACAGCAGCAGCAACAACAACAACAACAACAGCAACAGCAACAACAGAGCAACAACAACACGAGUGGUGUACCAAGGACGAAGCUUCGUGGGUCAGCUCAAAACACACAGCAAGGCAAUAGUACUGCGGGACGUCCCAAACGCGUAGCUGCUUCAGCGAGUAUUCUGUCAAACGAAGAAGCAGCACCACGGAAAAAGCCACGUGGGCGAGCGUAAGAUUAACAUGUUAUUGUUUUUCUUAUGCCAUAUUUACAGCAGAGUCUGUAUCGUAGGCAAUAUGUACGUGUGGUACACUCUUUAAAAAAUUGCAAUCAAUUUACAAUGUAAUAUAUAUAUAUGAUCUCAAGAUUCAUGAAUGUACCAAAUGCUGCGUUAUAUUAUAGUCUAACGAUACGGGAUCAAUGACUUAUAUUACGAUGCGGCAAUUCGCAUUUCGAAAACUAACUCCGAGACUUAGAGAGAGAAUGAUAUUGUGAUAUCAUGCAAAAUUUGUACAUAUCGUCUACGUCUCAGACUCCUCGGAAGAGAAGAAAGUCACGGAUAGUAUGGAAAAAUGGUACCUUGGUUGAGUAAUAACUAUCUAACAGGGUGUCACAUGCUAAUGCACUCUUGCAAUAGUCUAUUUUUGAUGUUGUGACUGAACCAUACGUGAUUCAUUUGAGUUUAUUGUACACUUUCCAUUGGAUAUGAUAGCUAUGUACAAAUAUAUAUGUCUGGGAUUUGUAUGCAUUCUGUAAAACAGAUAUUAUAAGGCAGGAAAGAGGGGGGGAGAAGGAAAAGAAAAAAAAAAGAUAAAAAAAAAAAAGAGAAAAGAAAAAAAUAAAAUAUAUAGGGUAAACGAAAAAAAAAAAAAAGAAGAAAAAAGAAUAAACAAAAAAUUAAUUGCGUGAGCGAUCCGUGAAUUUAUCGAUCUCCUAUCUGUAGAUCGAUGAGAUCUAGAAGUACAAUAUCUGUACAUUUACGCUGAAUCUUUGCUGUUUAAAAAAUAGCAUACAGAAUGGUCCAGCGCCUAUAUAAAGACAGGCAGAGAAAAGAAGUGCCCUGAAUUGUAAUCCCUUGCCUCAUUGUUGAAUCCACAGAUUCAUUGAGAGAGUCUUAUAUGUAAAAGGUAGCACAUUGAUCAUAGUUUUUAUAGUUUAUUUUCAAAACUACAUUUAUCCAAAUGAAUUUGCACUGCGAUCGAUAUAUAACAUAGUAAAAAAAAAAAAAAAAAAAGGAAAAAAAAAGAAAAAAAAAAAGAAAUAAUUGAGAUCGCUAAACACACAGUGGUGCCACAUAUGAUUUAGCCACAUUAAACGUAUUUACACUUUAGAGCGAUGAAGAAGAAGAAGAAAAAGAAGAAGAAGAGGAAGAAGAAGAAGGAGGAGGAAGAAAAAAUUAAUAAUAAUAAUUAAAACAAAAAAAAAACAAAACAUAAAAAAAAAAGAAGUAAUGCACUUAUUUCCUCUUAAUAAGUCUUAAUUAAAAAAUGUAUAAAUUUGAUUUAUGCAUAUACAUUAUUUUUAUCAAAGAUCGUGGAUAACUUGUUGCAACGUGAACGCGUAUAUCGCAAACUAUUUACUAAAGCAUUCCGUUCCUUGGCUGUGCUUGUUAAGAAAUUAUUCGUUCUCUUGAUCGUCCUAUUACUUUUAUAUGAAAUGUCUUCCUGGUUAUUUUUUUCCCCUCUUUUUCUUUUUUUUUUUUUUUAUCUCUUUUUUUUCUCUAUUUUUUUCCUCUUUUUCCCCUCUUUUUUCAUUCUUCUCUGUCUCUCUCUCUCUCUCUCUUUCCUCCACAAUAUCCGUAAAGUAAAAUAUUCUCAUCGCUUUUGGUCAUUCGUUUAUAUCCAAGAAUUGAUAUAAUCUUGAGUUACCUUGAAUCUUUCAUAACAAUCACUGCCACUAUCACGAACGGUGCUCGUGUUUAAAAUAAUCGCGUAAGACGCGUCCACGUUGCAGUGUAUAUUUACUAUAUAUGAUAGAUAAUUAUUAUUUACUCUUCACCAAAUCUGAAUUCUUAUACUUUUAACGUAGCUGAUAGUUUACAACAUGUCGAGAUGUAUUUGUAUUAGUGAAAGGGCGUAUUUUACGUCGAAACAUUGAAAAUGGGGACUUAUAAAGACAUCGAUUUAAAUGAAUUGUGUAAUUAACAGAGAGUUAUUGAGAAACGAAACAAAGUAAAAAAAAAAAAAAAAAAAAAAAAAGGGAAAAAGAAAAAGAAAAUAAGAAAGAGAAAAACAAACAAACAAACAAAAAAUAUAUUCAUUUUUCUACAUUUACGGUAUUAUGGUUAGAGACUCGCGAUGGAUUACAAAAAAUAGUUACUGGACCACUUAUAUGAAAUUGAGUCGAUUAAAUACGACUUUUGUUUUGAAAUUAUGAAUGAAUUAGUAGCGCAAUUUAAUUAAUGUUGAGUUGCGAGAGAAAGGAGCAAAAAGAAAAGAAAAAAAAACAAAACAAAAAAGAAAGAAUAACGGCGUGUUUUUAAAUGUUUUCGAAAAGUUCGAAGGAUCGUAAUGUGUUCUCGUGGGAUAUUUUAAGCGAUUAAAUCUUCAAAUUUUUUAUGAAGCGUGCAAUGGCAAAAUAAUCUGUUUAUAAUUCGAAGAGAUCGAAUAGCUUUAUGUGUAAAGUGGAAACAUAAGAAAAAAAAAGAAAAAAAAAAAGAGAGAGAAAAGAAAAAAAUCAGAAAAAAAAAAGAAACAAAACGAAAGACGAUCAUUUUUAUUUGAGAAAUUCGAAAUCUUUGUAUACCGACGGUCGAUAAAAACGCACACGAUCAAUUUCAGACGUGUCGGUAAAAGAAGAUUCACCUUGUAUAUCUCUACUUAUCUUCCACAUUAUUGCUCUCUUUGAGGUAACCAUUUGUUGAGAGAUUGUACAUAUUAAAUUUUUUCUAGAUUUUAUUAGAAGGAUUGUUUCUUAAUUCGUAAAUCGUGUUAAUAAUUGCUCAUUGUAAAAA